AUGAUUUCCGGAAUAAGUUAUAGUUUCUGUAUUUUGUAUUUAUUUUCCGGAAAAAUUAUUUUACAAAAAGAUGCUUACCGGAAUAUAAUUUCUAAUUUAAAAUCCUGCAUUUUAUUCUAUGCCUCAAACAUUAUUUCACAUGCCAAGUGUUUAUCUAAGCUAUUGAAAGGACAAUUUAAUUCUUAUAAAGAUGUUAGAGAGGAGACAGAGAGGAAUAUUCCGGAAAAAGAUGUAUUAAAAUUUCCGGAAAAGGACGAGAAGAGCAUUCCGGAAAAAGACCAGACUACAUUUCUGGAAAACAAAAUAGAAAAUAUUCCGGAAAGAGAAGCAUCAACAGUUCCGGAAAGGGACAUAAGACACUUUCCGGAAAAAACGACCAUACUGGAAAAAAGACAUUCCGGAAAAAUAAAUAAUAAAACGUUUCCGGAAAAGGAAGUAUCGACCAUUCCGGAAAACAAAAUAGAGAAUAUUCCGGAAAAAGAAGUAUCGAAAUUUCCGGAAAAAGAGCAGACAACAUUUCCGGAAAACAAAAUAGAGAAUAUUCCGGAAAAAGAAGUAUCAACAUUUCCGGAAAAAGGGCAGACAACAUUUCCGGAAAAAGAACUAACAACAUUUCCGGAAACAGUAACAACAGACAUUCCGGAAAAACGAAGAAUAACAACGUUUCCGGAAAAGGCAUUAAAAACCAUUCCGGAAAAACAAAAAAAUACACUAAAUGAAAUUUCUUCUUCAAAACAAAGAGAAAAAAGAACAGUAGGCGUAUCAAAGAAAAAGCCCGAAAAAAUAACAGAAAAAAAACCGGAAAAAAUAACAGAAAAAUUAUUUAUUCAAGAAGAAGAAAAUAAAACAACUAAUAAUACUACUUUAAAAAAAGAAAUAAGGAAAAAUAUUUUAAUUUCAACUCUAAAAAAUCAAAAAUCCAACAGAAUACAAAAUUUGGCUAAAAAGAGGGGAAAUAUUCUCAAAAAUAAAAAUAAAAUUAUUCAUCAUCCUGUAAUUACAAAAGAAUCAAAAUUAAAUAAACCUCCACCUCCUUUUAUUAUUUCUUCGGGAAAGAAUUACUCGUUGAGGGAAAAGAGACCGAAUGCAACACCGCUUGGAGCUGUUGCUAAGUUUCUCACUAGAGAAUUGCUUAGAGUGAAGAAUAAACCCCCUACGGUUGUAGAGUAA